UUUGGUCGAAACCCUCGUCUGUUCUUCUAUUGUUGCCGUAGCUACCAUGAUGAACACCAUGUCAUGUCGUAGCCUAGCAGCUCCCAUGAACUCCAUUUUAUUUUGCAAAUUGUUUUCUUUUCACCCAUUCCAUUUUCGCAAUGUUUUCUCAACUGAAGCUCAUUCUCAGAGCCUGUUUUCACAAUUUGCCUCCACCAAACUUAACCUGUCUGAGGCCGACAUCACUCGGAUUCUCAGGUUGAGACCCCACUUGCAGAACCUUUGAACCCUCCACAAUGUAGAGAAGGUCAUUCAUUCGUUUAAAAAGCGAGGCUUCACUGAACUCGAAAUUGCCAAAAUGAUGAGGAUGAAGCCCCAACUUCUUGGAUAUGUAGAAACAACGUUGGAGCCUAAGCUCAAACUACUGGAAGAUUUUGGUUUUGUGGAUCAAAAUCUGGUCAAACUUUUGAAGGAAAAUCCAUACAUUUUGUGCAAUAGCCUCGAGAAUAGCCUUUUUCCCAUGAUGGAGUUUCUGAAGAAUGUAUUUCAGUCCCAGGAUGUGCUCGUUAAAGCCCUGUUAAAAGCACCGAGACUUCUCAGUUUUGGCUUGGAGAAGACCCUGAAGCCCUCGCUUGCUUUCUGGGAAGGAUGGGGUUUUUCUGGGACGAAGCUCGUAAGCUUCUUAAAGGUGACUUCGGCCCUUCUCUCACGCACCUCUCUAACGCUUGCACAUUUGGAUCUCAUUCAGAAGAUUGGCGCCGAAAAAGAAAGCACCGUGUUCAGAUAUAUUGUAGGUAUAGUGGCUAUGAGACGCAUGGAAACGUUAGAGGAAAAAAUAGAGAAUCUUAAACUCUGCGGGCUUUCGGAAGAAGAAACCUGGCAACUACUUGGAGCUUCCCCUGUAGUCCUUUCUUUCUCCAAGGAAAGUGUUAGUGAAAAGAUGAACUUUCUUGUUAAUAACACGGAGCUCCCUGCAAGUUACGUACUAAAGCACCCUAGCUUUUUACGAAUCCAUGUGGAAGAGGUUAUGAAGCCGAGGUUUCUGGUUUGGCAGAAAAUCAAAUCCAUUAACGGCUACGAGCUUCCUCUUUUGAUGGUAUUGAGUAUGCCAGAGACAAGGUUUGUUAACAGCAUUAUAAAAGGGCAUCCUGAAUCCAAAAUACUGUGGACAAUAUAUGAAAAUGCCAUUUCUAAUGCCUCCAACCGCUCAAAGAGCUCAACAAAAGAUAAUUUUUGAUGGAAAAAGAGAGAAUCAGGUCUCAAAAACCACAAAAAUAUUAAAAAUUAGUCUUUGGCAUUUUACAUCCCUGGAGGUACCAGUGCCAAUGAUAGUGAUGCGGAAUCAGCAAUUCGAGUUUCUGAUGGCACCUAAGCCCUAUAGAAGUGGCGAUUGGGCUUGGAAGUGGCCCUGCCACAUAGCUUGAUCCAAAUAGGUUGGGAUUUGCCACUCGUUGGCACCCACGUUCUAUGUCUAGUUGCUCUUCAACCAAGCGAUUGGGCAACUAUCUUUAUGGCUCCAUGCCGCCACAAUUGGGAUCUUUGAUCCAUUUACAAAUCUUGGAAGUUAUGUAUUUAUGUCACUUCUGUUAUUGUUAUCCACUGUAUGUAUGCUUCUCUUAAUGAUGGAA